AUGAACUAUGAAGACAAUAGAAUACAAUACAAACAACGCCGCAAAGUCCUCCAGCCCACCCAAUUACUCAAGCUCAAACUCAAACUUGGCCGGGAGAUCCGCGAUAUCCUUGACAGGUUCACCUUCAAGCUCCUGCUCCUCCGACUGCGCCCUUGUUGGCGCAAACUCAUCCGCCCAAUCCUCCGAGGGGAAAAGCUUGACCCAGCAGAACGGGCACUAAUUUGCUUCCUCGAACCACUGAAUCGCACACUCUUUUCCCAAUACGUGGCCAUAGGCUGUGAUCUUGAUCCCUGGUUCGGCUUCGUCUUCGAUACCAUGCUCGUGGGGUUUGGCGUCCGCGCUGCGAAUUUGCUUUAUGCAAACAUCGCAGUCCCCUUGCUCGACGGGCUUGUAGCAUUCGCUGUGGAAGGUUGCAUUGGUAUAGAUGUAGGGGGGAAUAUAUUGUGGUAG